CUAAUUAAAGCACAUUCAUUUCGCGCAUCAACACAUAAAGGGUCCGGUCAGUCCAAGUGCAUUUCCUAUCCAUCAUGUGCUUCGGUGCUGCCCGCCCGGUUGCGUACCGACGCCUACCCAGGACCAUCCAUCUUUGCCGACAUAACUUUUCAACACAGAAGACAAAGGCGCCGCCUUAUAAAUCCUCUCCCUUUCGAACGGCUACGAUUUGUUUAGCCAUUGGUAUCUCCGUGGGAUAUGUGCUCCAGAAAUACCCCGCUAGAAAUAACCAAACUCCAUCUCACACCGACUUCUACGAUGGCUCACUGGAAUGGAAAGGCAAGGCAUGCAAAAAGCUCACUCUUGAUGAGGCGGGAGCCUGGCUGCGUAAGGAAGAGAGCUCUCGUAAAGGUCCAGUAGGCAGUGGGGUUCAAAGCUGGUAUAGCGUUCGAUGCCCUAGUAAUUCUCCAUGUGAGGACAAUCUAGUCUCCUCCCAGCGUCUUGUUUCUACUGGUCAAGACAAGCCGUGGAUAUUCUGGGGUGUUUUUGAUGGACAUAAUGGUUGGGCUAUGUCCACAACUCUACGGGAAGUUCUAGUCCCAUAUGUGGUCCGCAACCUGUCCCAAUUGUACCAAUCAUUCAGUAACAGCAGUCCAACAUCUGCAGCCAUAGAUGAAGCUAUCAUUUCGUCAUUCAAACUUCUUGAUGACGAGAUCAUUGCCGAUGGCAUGGCGGCGCUCAAAGAUGCUAAAUCGACAGCUGAAGUCAUUUCCCGCCUCGCUCCAGGGUAUGCAGGGUCAUGUGCAGACCAUGAGACACUCUGUGGACUUGUUGGGCUGCAGCCACCUCUAGCUCGACAGGGCAGGGAUGAUGUUACGGUUCAGGUUGUUUUCUUUGACGGUUGUGCCUAGUAGAGAGGGCCUGCUUUCUCGCUUUGAGAAAUCAAGAAAAGCAAGUCUCAGGUCACGUCAAUACCUUCAAGUCUCUCACUUGGAGAGUAUGGACAUGUUAAUGGAACAAGCUCUGCAGAUACUAGUAUUCCAUAUUUUCAGUAUACGCUCCAUAACGAAAUAUGGUAUCAGCAAUGCAUACGAGCCUUCUGACCAUAUGGCGUCACGGAUACUAUCCAAUAUUUAUUUGAAAAUAUAUUCAACACA